AUGAGCUGCCGUAUCAUCAUAUGUCUUGUCUUUUUUGUCUUCACCUUUCAUUGUGCUGAAGGCCAGUUCCCUAGAGUUUGUACAUCCCUGACGAGUCUGAAAAAAAAGAAAUGUUGUCCAAUCCCAAAGGGCUUUAGUGCGCCAUGCGGUAAUGAUGGAAACAGAGGUACAUGCCAGGAAUUGGUCAUUCGUGAUUGGACCUUCAAGUACAGUCAUUACCAACCUUUCCAGAAAGAAGACGAUCGCCAUGACUGGCCUCAUGCUCUUUACCACAAAACAUGCAAAUGCAAUUCAAACUUUGCUGGAUAUGACUGUAGCAAGUGCGAGUUUGGCUACUAUGGCAAAGACUGUACGCAGAAAAAAACCCUGACUCGCAAAAAUUUCCUUACGUUGUCAGCCCAGGAGAAGGAUCAAUACAUGAGGUACAUCAACAUGUCCAGGUACUACAUAAGCGAUUAUGUGGUGACUUUAACUCCGUACGAAGAGAUCAACAAAACCGUCAUGGCCAACCGCGACCCAACAGCACUCUUUCACAACAUCAGCAACUAUGACUUGUUCGUGUGGAUGCACUACUAUGCUGCACGAGACACCAUAAAACCACAUAACAUCUCCUGGCAAGAUAUUGACUUUGCGCAUGAUGGGCAGGGGUUUCCCACCUGGCAUCGACUGUAUAUGUUGGCUUGGGAGAGAACCUUGCAGGAGAUUGGUAACGACGAAAACUUUGCUGUUCCUUAUUGGGACUGGACCGGAAGUAAAACACAAUGUGAUCCCGCUAUUUGUUCUGAAGAGCUUCUUGGUGUAACAAACCAAGCUGAUGGAACUGUGAAGGGCAAAUACUUUGACAACUGGUACGUUAUUUGCACCAGUGAACAAACCUAUUCCCUGACAAAGAUUUGUGACCCAACGAACAAGGAACCUGGUUUAAAACGGAGAACUGAGAAGGAAAAGGAAGACAAAGUAAGAAAUGAGGGAUAUACAAUGACAUUUCCGACAACAGAAGAAGUCAAUUUUGCACUCCGGUUUGAAACUUUUGACCUGCCACCCUAUGGCAAAGAGUCAAGCUGCAAUUUUAGAAACAUCCUGGAAGGCUACGUCAGUACAAACACCGGUUAUCGUUUGCCAAAUGUCCACACCUUACAUAACCAGGUUCACAUAGUCGUGGGUGGAGUCAUGGGGGAUGUACCUUCAGCGUCUAACGACCCUAUCUUUCCUCUUCAUCAUUCCUUUGUGGAUCGUAUUUAUGAGAAAUGGCUUCGCAAGUUCAACAAGGACGCUUCGGUUCUUUCAAGUUACGAUGCACCCAUCGGACACAACAAAGAUGACGUCAUUGUACCACUUUAUCCUGUGUAUACUCAUCAACAAAUGUUCAAGAAGUCUUUCGAGUUCGGUUAUGACUACGAGGAUGUCGACGGGAAUGGUAAGUAUACAUGAAGAAAUGACCUUCCUUUACUUUUUCGUUUAACUUGAAUGCGAUUUAGUGUAAUUGUAGUGAAGCCCUUUGAGUGAGAAUAAAUUUUAUGUCACUCUAACCCCGCUGUACGACACUCACCAUAAUUACGGACAGUUUUCUUUGUUCCUGCACGGCGAAAGCCAUUUUCUCUCUCAAUUCAAUCUUUUAAUACCUAUAGUCGUUAAUGUGGACAACGGACACUUUCGUCUUUCCAAGCAACAGAUAUCAAUUUCUCAUAUAUUAGGAGGGAGAAUCGAACAUUAAACAUGCAACUUAAUCAUCUGAGUCAGCUCUUUUGUUUUAACCCGACUUUACUUUUCCUAUGAUCAUCAUCAUCAUCAUUAUCAUCAUAUUCAUCAUCAAUACCGUGUUCGUUAUCAUUACUUAUUUUCUUCAGUUUUGCUGCAUAUUUUACUUUUAACAAAAUUGACAAUUUUAAGUUUUUCCCGAAUGUGUGCAAUAUUUGUUAUCUCGCGCUUAUUCAGGAUAACGUUAGAUUCAAAUAUACCUCUCUAGCUUAGUCUGCGUAGCAGGCGCCAAGUGCCUCCAAGCUCCUGCCACGCAGGCUAUUUUUUAGCUUCUAUGGUUUGAUUUAUCAAUUCAGACCAGUUGAUGUUCUCCCGGGAAUUUGCCUGUUCUUUCAAAUCCGUACAUACAUAUGCACGUGGAUGCACGCACAUAGGACGAAAUUGAAAGAGACAGUUCUCUGAAGUACCAUAAAGUGGCUUUAAAUGGGAAAACAAAAACAUACAAUCUAAAAAGGUCUAUUGUAAUCAUCAGAUGUAACAUCGAUCAGUGCCAAUCGUUUCAUGCAUCAUGCAUCAUUUAUUGUAACUUUAAAUCAUAAGAGUGUUUCACUUGUAAAUGAACUGAUCAGUGAUCGAGAUCCAUCGAAACAUGCCUUGAUCUCAAAAAUCAGUAGUUGUUCAUUUUUUGUGGAUUCUUAUCCCAAAUCUUUAAUAAUAUUUAUAUCGUCAGGCAAAUCUUCUGAUGAUGAGAAGAAAGUAGAACCAAUAUCCUUGGGAGAUUGUCCAAAGGAGUCUUCAGCAGUCCAUGCUGGGAUGCAGCUGUGUGGGUUGCUGUUGUCAUUGCUGCCAGUAUGGCAGUUAUUACUCGGUGACUGA